UGUUUUGGUCACCUAAUUCCUUGAUAUUUUCCUCUUUGAAACUGUUUUUUUUUUUCAUUCAUUCUUUCCUGUUGAUAAUUUGGGCGAAGAAAACAAAAUGGAGGAAGAGAAACAAGUUGAUUUUCCAACUGUGAAAUUAGGAAAUCAAGGUUUGGAGGUGUCGAAAUUGGGUUUUGGGUGUAUGGGACUAACUGGAGCUUACAAUUCUCCUCUCACUGAUGAUGCUGGGAUUGCAAUACUUAAGGAAGCUUUCAGUAAAGGAAUUACUUUCUUUGACACCUCAGAUGUUUAUGGACCUCAUACUAAUGAGGUCCUAGUUGGAAAGGCACUGAAGGAAUUGCCUCGAGAUAAAAUUCAAAUAGCCAGCAAGUUUGGUAUUGUUGGAAUGACUCCCGCUGGAACAUUAGUUAAAGGUACACCUGAAUAUGUACGUUCUUGUUGUGAAGCUAGUCUUAAACGUCUUGAUGUGGAGUACAUUGAUCUUUAUUAUCAACAUCGUGUGGACACAUCAGUACCCAUAGAAAAAACCAUGGGGGAACUUAAGAAGCUGGUUGAAGAAGGAAAAAUAAAGUACAUUGGAUUAUCUGAAGCAAAUGUUGACACAAUAAGGAGGGCACAUGCAGUUCACCCCAUAUCCGCGUUACAGAUGGAGUGGUCCAUCUGGACUCGUGAUAUCGAGGAAGAGAUAGUCCCAGUUUGCAGGGAAUUAGGUAUUGGGUUGGUACCAUACAGCCCAAUUGGUCGUGGAUUUUUUGGUGGGAAGGCAGUUGUUGAAAGUUUGGAUGAAAAGAGUUCCUUGCUUGGGCAUCCUAGGUUCAAAGGUGAAAACCUGGACAAAAACAAGAUUUUUUAUACUCGCAUAGUAAAAUUGGCUGAGAAGCAUGGAUGCACCCCUGCCCAACUAGCUUUAGCUUGGGUUCUUCAUCAAGGGGACGAUGUUGUGCCAAUCCCCGGUACAACUAAGAUUAAGAACCUCCACGACAACAUUGGGUCUGCAAUGGUGAAGCUUACAAAAGAAGAAAUGAAUGAGAUAUCGGACGCAGUACCUAUUGAUGAAGUGGCGGGAGCUAGAACCUAUGACAGCAUGGUUAAUGCCUCAUGGAUGUUUGCAAAUACUCCACCUUUAAAGAUCUAAACUAGUAGCCGUGCAUGAUGUUGAAUUUCUCAGUGCUUGUUCAUUAUUUGGACAAUGCUGUAUCAAUAACAAAAAUACGUUGUAGACAGUGUAUGAAAGUUCUCUUUCUGUAGACCGAUCGUACUUUUGUGUGUUUGUUCUUAUUUUUUACAAGAACUACGAUAUUAAGAAAAAUCUGGUUCCAUUAGAAA